GAAUUGGAGUAUUGUCUUCUGGAGAACCUGGUGGUCGGGACUGAAGACCCAGGGAAGGGGCUUUUACUGGUCUGGGGGCACUGGCGAGGGCGAUCACGGGUGGAAAAGCUUGCGGAGCCAAGACAGGUUCUGGAAGCGGGACUAACAAGAGAAGCGCGUGCAGAGGACGGGACCGACAGACAGUGGACCCGAGACGGGUCUGCGUGGGGGCGGGGGCGCGAGUGGACGUCCACCGAGCAGCCCGACGCGGCAGAGCCCAAGAACACAGCCAGAGGACCCCUGAGAACCUGCCCCCAUUGCAGCACCCACUCUUCGCUUCCAGAGGUGCAACCUGCAGGAGAGCGGCUGCGGAGGGCCCUUUAAGGGGCGGGGCCAGUGCAUUCUCAAGAGCACCUCCCCCGAUUUGACUCAGCGCUUGCUGGAUUGGCUCGCGUGUCAGCCAACCGCUUUUUCUUUUCCUUCCCGUCUCUUCCCUGGUGACCCCGGAAGUGGAAGUAGGCGCAGGUCGGUGGCGGCGGCGGGGACGGAAGACGGAAGCCGAGCGUGAGCGGGAGGCGGAGCCGGGGGAGCUGCACUCGUAGCUCCCCCUGGCCCCAGGCCCAGCUGCUCGAGGGGGAGGAGUUACCGCCGCUCAUCGGCAUCAGAAUUUACCACGAUGGCUGUGACCUAAAACCCUCAGGAAGCCCGGGGGUCAUGGCCCAGAAGCACCCCGGAGAAAGAGGGUUAUGUGGAGCCCACCACAGUGGUGGUGCCUCCCUCGGGACAUUAGGACUCUCCGUGGACCCUGAAAUACUUUCAUUCUCAGGACUCAGGGACUCAGCGGAGCCUGCUCUUAAUGGUACCCGCUGCUUCACACAACACUCUGAUCUUAAGUGCACACAGCCGCCAAGCCCAGCCCACUGGUCGGAUCCAAGCCAUGGCCCCCCUACGGGUCCGGGACCCCCUAGGGAUGGAGAGGACCCUGAUCAGAAUGAAGCAUCUUCAGAAGAAGAGUCAGGAGUGGAUCAGGAACCCUCACGAGAGAAUAAGGCUGUGUGCCACGAGGAUGGGAACAAUUCUUUUUCCAUUUCAUCUGCUUGCGACUGCCAGGGAACCCCUGGAGUCUCUGAAGGGCCCAAUUCUGAAGGAAGGGGUAGCUCUAUUAGCAACUUUUGCCACCAUUGCACCUCUCCAACUCUGGGGGAAGAUGAAGAGUUGGAAGAAGAAUAUGACGAUGAGAAACCUCUUAAAUAUCCCAGUGAUUUUUCACGUCUGUCCAGUGGAAAGAAACCUCCACCCCGGAGACAGCGGCACCGUUUUCCAACCAAGGAGGAGACUCGGGAGAGUGGACGCAGAGAUCCCAGAUCUCCUGGUCGACAUCGGCUGAGCCGGAAGCGAAGUCAGGCAGAUAAGCGCAAAGGACUGGGGUUAUGGGGAGCAGAGGAACUGUGUCAGCUUGGACAGGCAGGCUUCUGGUGGCUGAUCGAACUGCUGGUAUUGGUGGGAGAGUAUGUGGAAACUUGUGGCCAUUUCAUCUAUGCAUGCAGGCAGCUGAAAGGCAGUGAUCUGGACCUUUUUCGAGACUGGGUGGGCGCCUGGUCAGGGAGGGUUGGGGGCUGGGCCCAGGUGAUGUUCCAGCUGCUUAGUCAGGGGUUAUAUUAUGGGGCAGGACUGUUCACCCGUUUUCUUAGGCUGCUGGGUGCUUUGUUGCUUCUGGCUCUGGCCCUCUCAUUGGGCUGUCUGCAGUUGAGCUGGAGGUUUCUACUGGGACUGGGUGACCGGUUAGGUUGGAGGAAUAAGGCCACCUGGCUCUUCUCUUGGCUGGAUUCUCCCACCUUGCAGAGAACCUUGGUUCUGCUGAGAGAUAGCAGGCCAUGGCAGCAGCUGAUAAGAAUGGUUCAGUGGGGUUGGCUGGAGUUGCCUUGGGUCAAACAGAGGACUAGUAGGCAAGGAAAUACACCUGUAGCUAGUGGUCGAUACUGCCAGCCCGAAGAGGAAGUGACACGACUCUUGACCAUGACCGGGGUGCCUGAGGAUGAGCUAAACCCUUUCCAUGUGUUGGGGGUUGAAGCCACAGCAUCAGAUGUUGAACUGAAGAAGGCCUAUAGGCAGCUGGCAGUGAUGGUCCAUCCUGACAAAAAUCAUCAUCCCCGGGCUGAGGAGGCCUUCAAGGUUUUGCGGGCAGCUUGGGAUAUUGUUAGCAACCCUGAAAGGCGGAAGGAAUAUGAGAUGAAACGAAUGGCAAAGAAUGAACUGAGCCGAUCAGUGAAUGAGUUUCUGUCCAAGCUGCAAGAUGAUCUCAAAGAGGCAAUGAAUACUAUGAUGUGCAGCCGAUGCCAGGGGAAGCAUAGGAGAUUUGAAAUGGACCGUGAACCUAAGAAUGCCAGAUAUUGCGCUGAAUGUAACAGGCUGCAUCCUGCUGAGGAAGGUGACUUUUGGGCAGAGUCCAGUAUGUUGGGUCUUAAGAUCACCUACUUUGCACUGAUGGAUGGAAAGGUGUAUGACAUUACAGAGUGGGCUGGAUGCCAACGUGUGGGAAUCUCCCCAGAUACUCACAGAGUACCCUAUCACAUCUCAUUUGGUUCUCGGAUUCCAGGCACCAGUGGGCGACAGAGAGCCAACCCAGAUGCUCCUCCUGCCGACCUUCAGGAUUUCUUGAACCGGAUUUUUCAAGUACCCCCAGGCCAGAUGCCCAAUGGGAACUUCUUUGCAGCUCCUCAGCCUGGCUCUGGGGCUACUGCAGCCUCAAAGCCAAACAGCACAGUACCCAAGGGAGAAGCCAAACAGAAGAAACGGAAGAAAGUGAGGAGACCCUUCCAACGUUGACACCCUUCACUUCUUUCUUCAAAUUAACGUCAGGGAGUCAAAAGGGCUGUGUACAGCAUAGGAUGGAGUUCAAUUUGUUUAUUUUUAAAUAUUUUUUAAAAAGGGAAAAUAUUAAACUCAUUGUUCACUAAGUAGUCAUAGGAAGCCCCAAAACCAUUCUUCCUCUACCAGCACCCAAAACUGAAUCUUGUCUUCUGACAAUACCAAAGAAACAGGGGGUGACUAGAGUAAACAGCCUAGGUCCUGGACCUAGACAGUGUUUCCCAUACUAGUGUGGGAGCUGGGUAUUUCUCUGGGGUCUGUAUGCUUUUGUUUAGUAUUUUACUUCUAGAGCAGAUGAUACCCCCUCCCCUUUCCAUUUUAAACUACAAACCAUUCUACUUGACCCAAUUUAGGAGGGACUUUCCUCCUUUAUCCCACUGUACUAGUUAAGAGACAGAACAAGAAAGCAUGUAGCCCUAAUUACAGGAGAUAAAUGUAGUUCAGAGAAUGGGAACUCUAAAUUUUUCCUUUGACUUUCACAUUGCGGGUAACUACCCACUGUCAUGCUUGUUUCUGCAGGGAUGGUCAAAACUAGUAAUUUUUAAGAAACAGACUCAUGCCCUCUACCCUUGGGUGAGGGGGGAGGAUAAAGGGGCUCCAGACAAGCCCCUUAUGAUCCAAGGGUUUGUAUUUUUUUAAGUCUGUUUAUAUUUGUAUGUACAUAUCUAUUUAAAGCCAGGGACUAUCUUUCUAUAAAUAUAUAACUGGCAACCUGUA